GGUUUGCGGAGGUUGUUUUCACCCAGGCCUAGGUCCCCCAAGCUCAGCUGGGGCUGCGCGGCGUGGAGGUGUGAGCGGUCUGCGGACGGACGCUUGCGGCCGGAGCUAGCCAGGAGCGCCGGAGCGAAGCUGCAAGCGGGCGAGCGCGCGGGUGGUGGUGGUCGGCCGCCGCUAUGUCAGCGCGGUGCUGUGCGGGCCAGCUGGCCUGCUGCUGUGGGAACGCCGGCUGCUCCUACUGCUGUGGCCCCAAGGUCCGCCAGUCCCGGAGCACCCGCUUCAUGUACGCGCUCUACUUCAUCCUGGUCGUCAUCAUCUGCUGCGUCAUGAUGUCCGACACCGUGGCCAACCAGAUGAGGGAGCACAUCCCUUAUUUUGAAGAUAUUUGUAAAGGCAUUAAAGCUGGUGACACCUGUGAGAAGCUGGUGGGAUAUUCUGCAGUAUACAGAGUCUGUUUUGGAAUGGCCUGUUUCUUCUUCAUCUUCUGCCUCCUGACCUUGAAUAUCAACAACAGUAAAAGCUGUAGAGCCUACAUUCACAAUGGCUUUUGGUUCUUUAAACUUCUGCUGUUGGGGGCCAUGUGCUCAGGAGCCUUCUUCAUUCCAGAUCAGGAGACCUUUCUGAAUGCCUGGCGCUAUGUGGGAGCCGUCGGAGGCUUCCUCUUCAUAGUCAUCCAGCUCCUCUUGCUUGUGGAGUUUGCGCAUAAAUGGAACAAGAACUGGACUGCAGGCACAGCUACCAACAAGCUGUGGUACGCCUCUCUGUCCCUGGUGACCCUCAUCGCGUACUCCAUCACCACAGGAGGCUUGAUUUGGAUGGCAGUGUUUUAUACCCAGAAAGAUGGCUGCAUGGAAAAUAAAAUUCUCCUGGGAGUAAAUGGAGGCCUGUGUCUGCUUAUGUCAGUGGUAUCCAUCUCACCCUCUGUCCGAGAUCGACAGCCACACUCUGGAAUACUGCAGUCAGGUCUCAUCAGCUGCUAUGUCACGUAUCUCACGUUCUCAGCCCUGUCCAGCAAACCUGCAGAAGUAGUUCUGGACGCGCACGGGAAGAACGUCACCAUCUGUGUGCCUAACUUCGGUCAGGACCUAUACAGGGACAAGACCUUGGUUGCUGGACUGGGUACUGCUAUCUUGUGUGUGUGCAUCUUGUAUUCGUGCUUGACAUCGACGACAAGGUCAAGUUCCGAUGCUCUGCAGGGCCGGUACACAGCUCCCGAGCUGGAAGUAGCUCGGUGUUGCUUUUGCUUCGGCUCUGGAGGAGAGGACGCUGAAGAGAAGCGGAAUAUGAAAGAGGGCCCACGGGUCAUUUAUGAUGAGAAGAAAAGCACCGUUUACAGCUAUGCCUAUUUCCACUUCAUGUUCUUCUUGGCUUCCCUCUAUGUGAUGAUGACCGUCACCAACUGGUUCAACUAUGAAAGUGCCAACAUCGAGACCUUCUUCAGCGGGAGCUGGUCCAUCUUUUGGGUCAAGAUGGCUUCCUGCUGGAUAUGUGUUCUGCUGUACCUGGGUACGCUCAUUGCUCCCCUCUGUCGACCCUCUCCGCAGUACUCCGUGUGAGGAUCUGAGCAAUCUCCUUGGUUCUGCAGAAGAAAGUGAUGCCCUUGAACAAAUAUGCCAGGAGUCAAGCAGUGACUGGUACUUUGUGACAAGCUGGCAUUCCCCUGGCUGGCUUCACUGGGUCUGAAAAACCUUCAGGGGAAAAAAAGAAAUCACUUGAUUCGCUUUUUGUAAUUCUGAAAUUCAAAAAGAAGCUACCAGUUUGCCCCUAAAGAAUUGAAAAUUUCACCUAAGUUGAUGCUGAGUGUUUAUAGAUUUUGUAUGUGUUUUACACCUAAAUAUUGGGAUAGUGGUCAGGCUAGUAUUUCCCUUCAGUGUAUUUUUACCAAAGCAGAGUUUGGGGAAUGACAUCGUUUCACUGGGAUAAAAGCUUACUUUGUGUGGCCUAUUACCUAUCCCUGAAAGAGACAUGACAAAAUCUGGAGCCCUUUGCCCCCAGUAGAAGGUAGACCCCUCAGAAGGCUCCACACCUCAGCCUGCAGAGCUCCUGCUCACCGUCCUGGUAUUUAUUGGCUCCAAGAGGAAGCAUCUGCUUUUCAUUCCACCCCUGUGCUAUCUCCACCCAGCCCCGACACAUUUCCCUUUGAAGUUGUGAUGCUGGGAAUCACAGGCUUCACUCUGCCCUUGCCCUUCCCAGAGGUGCCCUCAUCCCUUCGGUUCAGCAUCUACCUUACAAUGUGAAAAAGCACAAUUUGCCAUCACCACCCAUGUGAUUCCCCCCCACCAGAUUGUCACCGCCUGAUCUGAGUUCCUGCCUUAGUGACUUGCUUUGUAACUCAGGUCAGGCGGUGAUGGAGUAAUUUGACCCUUACUCGUGGUGGUGUUCACGUGAUGAUAGAACAGUGUUCGUGUUGUUUUCUUUGCUAUAGUUCUUGUUUGUGGGUUGAUAGUCAUGAUACUUUAGGACCUUACUUGGGAAGUUGCUUCUUGAUGGAAGCCUGCUGCACCCCUCUUUCCAUUACUGAAGUCAACCAGUUUCUCUUCCACGCGAGGCCUUUGAAAUUGUAAAAGCAAAAGGGCUUUUGUUUUCCAGCUCUGUAAUGUGACCACACCGUUAAUGUCCCUUAUGAUUUUAGGGGUAGAUUUGCUAAGGUGAGAAUCAUAGGCAGCACCUCAAACAGGGCUGACCAGGUAAGGCCUCCAAUUAUACAAGUUGUAGAAGUGACCAGAUAUACUUAGAAAAAGAGGUGGGUGGGAUGGGGAGUUAUUUAAUUAAGCCAUGAGCAAAAGCCACAGAAAUUUCCAAAGUACAUACUCCUAAGGUGGCACUUAAGAGAGACUUGACUCUAGGCAGCUGUGCAAGAAGAUCUCCAUUUUCAGUGUUGAUGCUCUCGUCCAGGGAGGAGUUUACACAGUGUAAUGUCCACCGGAGACCCCAGUGGAAACACAAUGGGGACCCGCCUUUUAGUAUUUCAUGCAGGAUGGAAAGAAUCCUCUCGGCACGUCGGGUCCCCCGUAAGCUGGGCUCCAGGGUGCCAAAUGCUGACCUGGGAAAUUAGUCCCACCCUUCAUUUCCACUCACCCCUUUGCCCUCCUCUCAAGCAAAUGGGGGAGUUGGGUGGACGCAAGGGGCAUCCAGUGGCUGAAUUCCUCCAGAAACUUGCCUUAGUUACAGUGUUGGAGAUUCAACUUUUUAAAGGCACUCAUUGUGUGUGUGGAGAGCCUUGUUUUGUACACUUAAUCAAGUUAUUCCCCCUCGCCCCCGCCCAGAUCAGGAGCUCUUCAAACUUGGUCCGGAGGUCUUCUGUAGGCACAAAAUGAGAGGUUGCCAUGUGUGGCCCGCAGGGAAGCCUGUGGGGGUGGGAGCUCUGUGGUCAGACAGGUGGCGGCAGUGGGUGGUGUGUGUCACUGCACCCUGGCAGGGGCCACAGCAGUGGCUGGUGAGUGACAGGCUCUGGGUAAGCGAGACUGGCUUUACAGAGAUCAAGAGGACAGGCAGGUCAAGAGCUGGGGUGGUUUUGUUGUGUUUUUUUCCUGCUAGGGUCUAGCAUCCAACUCUGUGACUUUCGAGCUGGCCCUUCCCGUGCAGAAACUAGCUCAAGGAGACACAGAGGAAAGGACAUCGCCAGUGGCCAGGCUUCCUUCCUGAGCCCCUCUCCCCCGCAGCCAACCCACAUUUUCCAGCUGCUUAAGACUUGGUUGGUGCCUGAUAAUGUUCCUUUCUGAAGGUCAGUCUGACACAAGAAGAGUUACAGUCACUCUGAUUUUUAUUCUCAACUGAACAUUUAAGCAGUUUUAUUCGAAUGAUCAAGAGAGAUGUGGACGUUCUCUGAGGACUAAGGGUGUAUAAAUAAGAUGUUGACUUUAAUGAUUAUUAAUUGUAGUAAACAGUACUCAGGUGAUAAGUCAACAUUCAUGGGUUCAAAGAGUCUACAUUUUUGUGCUAUUAUGUUUUAAGAAACUGGAAACACAGUGCCAAUUGCUUUGAGUUGCUGUUAAGGAUGAUGUUCAUUUGAUAAAUUCACUGAUAAUCUUUUCAAAAUAAUAGACUUUGCUUCCUACAACUUUUUAUACGUGGUUUAAAAAGUGCAUUCUCAGAAGCUGCUGGUCAGAUUCCUUUAGCGAUGAGAGCUGAAGAUUUUUUAAAACUGUGUGCCAGCUUCCUCGGUGCUGUUCGUCCAAUGUGGAAAUUUUUUCACUUCUCAUUUUCAUGAGUAGAUACACAUAAAUAGAGGAAGGGAUUCUUCUGGGAGUGUUGCUGUUUGUGUCUGGGUGUGUAACCUGACUGAAGACCAGAAACUUGCUCAUCAGAGGCUUUUAGAAACCCUACUUGGUCCUUACUGGGUUGAUUUUUUUUUUUUUUUUUUUAAUGCUGGUUAGUUGGUUUCGUUUUUGUCCUCACAGUUUCUUGGGAAAUGGCUUGAAAGAAUUGUUUGCCAGAAGUCCUUGGAGCUCUUUUGUAGAGUAGAUGGGCUGUGUACAUGUGGGCCAAUGAAGGUUGGGGUCCCUGGGGCUUUGGGAUUCUGGUGGCCAGCGAGGGCACUCCCACACCCCUUUGUUUAUUUCCAGUUGCUCAGAGAUGCCUUCACUAUGGUUGACCUCUGUGCAGUGCUAAUUCCCCCCACAUUGUCUCUUUCUGCCUUUUUAAGAUUAUUUGCUUAUUUAUAAUAAUUUUGGCCAGAAAUUUACUACCGUUGGUGCUUCCUGUUACCCCACAAAGGGAAUUCCAGAACCUGUAUGCAUUUACGCUGCCUAGGCCUUUUUCUCCUUUGAUUGUCUUUCUAAAGAGCAUCUCAUUUUGGUGUAUAUUCAUGUCCUACUCGUCUUGAAAAUGAAAGGAGGUUUUAGAUAUAACUAAGAAGGAUGUGAUCUUGGGCCAGUAUCCCACAUGUCCAGAGAGCACCCUGGGCUCUCCUUCAUUGAGGACGGCGCCAAUACCCCUGGGUUCAUGACGUUCUCUGUAGGAUAUUCUCCUUAAUUUACUAAAUCCCUCUGGCUUCGUUCUUAACUGUGUUUCCUGCCAUCCUUAAUAUAUUUGUAAAGCCUCAGACAUUUUAAUCCAGUUUUGUAUUUUAGGCAGAGAUGUGCUAAUAUACUCGCUUAGCAGGAUACAGGUCUUUUGAAUUAAUGCUAACCAUUCUAAAGAUUUCUCUCUCUUUUUUCCCUUCCUCAGUAAAUCAUUUACAGAAGUGUUCAUUUUGAGAGGAUGAAGUAUUUGGCUUUUACCAAAGAGGUGUUCUUUUUUUAAAAAGCAAAAUCCUUUCAGCAAAAACUUAACUUGGGGAAUGGUGGGUUAAGAAUGCAUUUGUCCACAUCCACUUCUGUAGGUUGAUCAUGUUUAUGUGAGUAAAAUGUUGGAAAGAACUCUUUAAGGUAAUCCUUUGUGGUGAAGGAUCCUGGGAAAUUCUCUCAGGUAAAGCAAGCUUGCAGCAGAUGGGUAAUAUAUGUCUUGAGAGCUAUUUAUAAGAAAUUUAAGGAUUGUUUUGUUUUCCUUUAUUAAAGAUUUAAGGUUAUUUUACUUUGAAAAAAAAAAACUACAGAAGUUUUAUAGUCAUAACUUUGUUACUUUUUUAAAAAAAACUUGUCUGAAAUAAUUAGAUGUAGCCAAAUUAUGUGGUUAUGUUUUGCUGUUAGAAUUUGAAAAUGUAGUAUGUGUGGUAUUCUACUGUUUGAAAUUUAUAAUGGUCUCAUAUGUUUGAGUUUUGGUAACUUUUAAAACUAGUAAUUUUUUUGUUUUAAGUCACAAAGGCACCUAUGGAUUUAUAACUGGGGUUUUUUUGAGUGCUAAUUUUUCUCUGAAGCAGCCGAAGUUGACCAGUCUUUUCCUAGGUAGAAAACUCAAAACUUGUUAACUCUGUACUUUAAUAAAAUUAAAAAUUGAAAAC